GCCAUUCCGAGUCGGGAUUUGUGGAUAAGUCAUUUCUCGCUUCCUCUUUCUCUCCCUCAUCAGCCCCUCCAUCAUGGCUGCCACCCACUCCCUCCUCUUCUUCCUCCUCCCACUCGUCUCCUCCCUCUCCUUCAUCUCCUCAUCCUUCGCCCCCACAUCAUCGGCACCAACACCAGCUCCAUGGCCGAAGCAGUUCCACUCAAUUCUCUUCAUGAACUACAGCGGAGCGCUUUCGAUUAUCGAUCUCUGGUACGAUUGGCCCAAUGGCCGCAAUUUCAACAUAAUCCAAGAACAGCUCGGCGGGCCGCCUCUGCACGACCUCGAAUGGAACAAUGGCACCUCAUUCUUCUACACUCUCCCCAACACGUCCUCCCCUAGAUGCCGCUCCGCUCAGCUCCCCGUCGGCAUUCUUCGCCCUAAUUGGCUCGACGGCGCCACCUACCUCGGCCAAUUCACCAUAGACGGCUUCCUCUGCAACGGCUGGGAGAAGGUCGAUUUCAUCCGCUAUUACGAGGACGUCGCCACCCGCCGCCCCGUUCACUGGGUCUUCUACACCGGGAGGCAAGCUCAUGUGAUGACUUUCGAGGUCGGAGCGGCGCUGGAGGAUGAAAAAUGGCAGGCGCCGGCUUACUGCUUUCAGAACAAAAGGGACGAAAAGCUCCAAGGCAUUAAUGAAGCUUUAGAGGAUAUGACUCUGAGCAGGUUUCUAUGAACUAAAAAACUUCUAAAUCAUCCAUUACCGUCUGUUUAAGCUGUUCCUGUAGCUUAUAACUAAAUCCAGUGAGUCAAUGAACUGGUUUUCUACUCAAUGUAUUGAACAAGAAGAAGGUCUUUGGUUCUGUAUUCUUAGGAUUAAGUGGACAAAGAUUAUGAAAAUAAACGAGGUUGAAAGAAUUGGAA